AUGAAACAGCCACCUGGGUAUGAGGACCCAACACACCUGGGACAUGUAUGCCAUUUGCAACGCUCUUUAUAUGGUCUCAAACAGGCUCCUCGGGCUUGGUUCAAGAGGCUCCACGACUUCUUAAUCUCUGCAGGGUUCAACUCUUCGAAGACGGAUGUAUCUCUGUUUCAUUACACCACUGGAGAGUCAAAAGUUUUUUUAUUAGUAUAUGUGGACGACAUAAUCAUGCUUGGGAAUGAUGUUGUGCUCAUUGACACUUUACUAAAACAGUUAUCCACGACAUUCAAAAUCCGGGACUUGGGGGAACCUGGAUUCUUUUUGGGCAUUGAAACUCUCAAGGUUCCAGGUGGUAUGCUACUCACACAACGUCGUUAUAUGGGCGAUAUCCUCAUACGUGCUGGUAUGGUUGACUGCAAACCGCUUGCUACUCCUGCCUCUGUUACUCAAGCUGUGUCUCCUUCCACACAUCCGUAUGAGAAUCCUACUCAAUACAGGCGCAUAGUGGGGGCUUUACAGUACUUAACCAUUACCCGUCCUGACCUAUCCUUUGCAGUGAACAGGUUGUGUCAGUUCAUGCACUCACCAACUGACGAUCAUUGGGGCCUGCUAAAACGGGUUCUACGGUACAUCAAAGGAACUUUGGAUUAUGGAUUGCGUCUGACUCCGUCUUCCUCUAUGGCCUUGCAUGCCUUCUCGGAUUCAGAUUGGGCCGGGUGUCCGAUCGACAGGAAGAGCACCAGUGGGUAUGCUGUGUUUUUGGGCUCCAAUCUCAUUUCAUGGUUAUCACGGAAACAACGGGCGGUAGCACGGUCUUCUACUGAGGCCGAGUACAAGGCACUCGCCGAUGUUUCUGCUGAGGUCACGUGGGUGGUUUCUUUACUACAGGAGCUAGGGUUGCACACUGGCCAGCCGGCAACUCUAUGGUGUGAUAAUUUGGGCGCGACAUAUCUCUGCGCUAACCCCGUUUUUCAUGCUCGCACAAAAUAG